AUGGCUCCCCUAAGCCUUGAAGGGGCCGAAACUUUACGACAUGCAUCCACAUCUACAUCCGGCAUGCUCACGCCCAACAUCAAGUCAAAGACAGUCGUCACCUUCCCACCUGGCGACCCGGUCAACCCACGGCACCGGCCCGUCUGGCGAAAAUGGACCAUCAUCACCAGCAUCACUCUCAUUGGCUUGACCGUCUCCACCGAGGUCGGUGUCUGGGGCCUCUCGCUGUAUGUGUUAAGGCUGGCAUUUCGGCCGAUGAGUUUGGCGCCCUUGUCCGAGUAUCAUGGAUGGACGGCUCUCUAUAUCCUGCCGUACGGGACAUUCUUACUGUUUCUUUUGGGUAUGGCGUUGGUUGAUGACCUCGGCGGCUUCCUCGUCCUUCGCUUCCUCUCAAGGCUCUGCGCCAGUCCAACGAUAGCGAAUUUCAGCGGCACCAUUGCGGACCUAUGA